GCGAGGUGGGGGCAGCAUUUCUGUAAAGUAAUAAAAGAUUUAGGAGAACAUGUAGAGUAUUAUACCUGCAAGAGAGGGCACAAGCUGGUGGAUGAAGACAGCUGGAGUGAAUUUCAUGACUUUCCCAGGCUAGUACGCUCUCCGUUUUAUGGUCACCAUUUUGGCUCCUAUUGCUGCCUCAUUGGCUUCUUCCUCCCAGUGAAAGAGCUGGCUCCUUCUUCCUCGCUGUUUUGUUUUCCUGCGUCCAUGCCACCCAGCUCACACCUCGAUGGGCUGCAACGCUGUUUUCCUGCCUGCAGGAUGCCGGGUUUUCCCUCAGGUAUUAACAAGUAUAAGGUGUCAACUAUUGGAUUACUUGUAAUUAGUUUCAUUUUGAUUGCCUUAAUUAUAUAUGUUAAAUACAGUCCAUCUACUCAGUAUUUUUGCCCAGAUGGUUGGAUUGGUUUUCAAAAGAAUUGCUAUUAUUUCUCUAAACAAGAAGGGGAUUGGAAUUCAAGUAGACACAACUGUUCUACUCAACAUGCUGACCUAACUGUGAUUGACUCUAGAGAAGAAAUGGAUUUUUUAAGACAACACAGAUGUAUUUUUGAUCUCUGGAUUGGGUUGGAGAUGACAGAAAAUCAAACAGGAACUUGGGUAAAUGGAGGAAUAUUUAACAAAUGGUUUGAUGUAAGAGGAAAUGAAAAAUGUGCUUACCUCAGUGAUGAUGGUGUAGCAACAGCUAGAUGCUACACAGAAAGAAAAUGGAUUUGCAGGGGAAAAAAAAGUACUACAUAAACAUUUCUGAUUAUGAUUUAUAACCAUAGAUGUGGAGGAAAGAGAACCUUCUAAGGCCUGCAUUCCCACCACUUUGGAAAACAAUAUGGAGUUUCCUUUGACCUAAUGAUCCC